AUGUGUAUGAACCAGCAGGACAUCGAGGAGAGGGGCCACCCAGUGUGGCUGAUGCCGCAGAUCUACUCCCGGGCGCAUCGUGUCCUCGUCUACGUCGGAAGACCGGUCCAGGAAGAGGUACCUUCCGAUUCCUUUAAGAUACCCCUGAUCUCGAGGUGCCCCAGCUACCGCUGCAGCCGGCGUUGA